UCUCACCUUACUGACCAAUCCAAAGAAACCCUCACUCCUGCGAUUGAACAAUUUAAUAUUCCAUCCCAACAACUGUUAACUAAACCCAAUAAAACCAAAAAACAGACUAUAAAGGCAGAAACAGGCGAUGAUAUAGCUAAAGACAAGGAUCGAAUCGUUGAAUGA